CGCGAGCACGUCCUCGUCCUUUUCGUUCGUCCUCAGUGCAGGAUAACGAAGCAACAUCACCUUCAGCUCCUCUCUGCGAGUCAUUUUUAUCAGUGUCACAUAAGAUUAGCUCCGCUGCUGUUACUCUGACCACUACACCGCUGAUAAAGAGGACUGCGUCCUAACGUGUGAAGUUUUAUCAGAGAUCUCUGGACAAUCAUCGCCUCGACUGCCAACUAUGGACUUGAUCGUACGUCGCUGUCCCUUCCUGGCUCGUGUGCCUCAGGCCUUCCUGCAGCAGUCCAAAAAAUCUCUGGUAGUGUACGCCCAGCAGUGCCCUAUCAUGAUGGAGCUGGCCUCGAAACCCAUGGCCCCGUCGAUGGCACGGGCCCUCUGCUCAUCCUCCUCCCACCACAGGACUGAGGACACCGCGUCUGCUGCUGAAGGGCCCAAGCAAAAAGUGGAGCCUAAGCUGCCUGCUGGUCACCCUAUGCCACCCUCAGGCCAGGCAGUUGCCUCCAAAUGCCCUUUCCUGGCUGCUGAGAUGGGUCAGAAGCACAGCAGUGUGGUCCGUCAGGUCGGCAUGGAGUUUCAGGAGGAUGUUCAGGAAGUCCGCACUGUCCAGAAAGAAGUCUCCCCUGCCCAGCUGAAGAAGCCGUCCUCGGCCAGCACCACUGAGGGAAGUGGAGGGGAGCCGGCAAAUCUAAUGAAGACCCUCCUGAAACAGAGACCUAAAAUGGUCUCUCACCUGCUGCAGGACAACUUGCCAGGCAGCAUGUCUCGCUUUCAUUACGAUGACUUCUUCGAGAAGAAGAUCGAAGAGAAGAAAAGUGACCACACCUACCGCGUGUUUAAGACUGUGAAUCGUCUGGCCAACGAGUUCCCCAUGGCCGACGACUUCACAGGCUCUCUAGAGGAGAAGAGGGAGGUGUCCGUGUGGUGCAGCAACGACUACCUGGGCAUGAGUCGACACCCUCGCGUCGUGCAGUCCAUCAUGGAUACUUUACGAAAGCAUGGGUCGGGGGCGGGAGGCACCAGGAACAUUUCUGGGACCAGUAAAUUCCACGUGGAACUGGAACAAGAACUGGCUGACCUCCACAAGAAGGACGCUGCACUGCUCUUCACCUCCUGCUUCGUGGCCAAUGACUCCACCCUCUUCACCCUCGCCAAGAUGCUGCCUGGUUGUGAGAUCUACUCUGACGCAGGCAACCACGCCUCGAUGAUCCAGGGAAUCAGGAACAGCGGCGCUAAGAAAUUCAUUUUCCGCCACAAUGACGUGGCUCAUCUCAGAGAGCUGCUGCAGAAGGGAGACCCCAGCAAACCCAAGAUCGUGGCCUUUGAGACCGUCCACUCCAUGGAUGGCGCCGUGUGUCCGCUGGAGGAGAUGUGUGACGUGGCCCAUGAGUUCGGCGCCAUCACCUUCGUAGACGAGGUCCACGCCGUCGGCCUGUACGGUGCCAGAGGAGGCGGAAUCGGAGACAGGGACGGUGUCAUGCACAAGAUGGAUAUCAUCUCAGGGACACUAGGCAAGGCCUUCGGCUGUGUGGGCGGCUACAUCGCGAGCACGUCCGCCCUGGUGGACACGGUGCGCUCCUACGCCGCCGGUUUCAUCUUCACCACCUCCCUGCCGCCGAUGCUGUUAGCCGGAGCCAAGCAGUCCAUCCAGGUGCUUAAAGGAGAGGAGGGCCGCUCGCUGAGACGCAAACACCAGCGAAACGUCAAGCUGCUCCGACAGAUGCUGAUGGACUCCGGGCUGCCUGUGGUGCACUGCCCCAGCCACAUCAUCCCAGUCCGGGUGUCAAACGCAGAGAAAAACACAGAGGUGUGUGACAUCAUGAUGAGUCGCCACAACAUCUACGUGCAGGCCAUCAACUAUCCCACCGUUGCCAGGGGCGAGGAGCUGCUGCGUAUCGCCCCAACGCCUCACCACACCCCUGAGAUGAUGAAAUACUUUGUCGAGAGGCUCGUUCACACCUGGAAGGAGGUCGGCCUGGAGCUGAAGCCGCACUCGUCAGCAGAGUGCACGUUCUGCCAGCAGCCGCUGCACUUUGAGCUGAUGAGCGAACGAGAAAAGUCUUACUUCAGUGGCCUCAGCCACCCAAUCUCAGCCUGCGCAUAACACUACUCACCACUGCUGGCUCGAAACACCCAUUCCUCUGUCACUGUCAUAGAAUGUAUUAAUUAUCUUUGAUAAGUCCUACACAUGUUAUUUAAAAUAUUCUAUGUUCAGAUGUUAUAUAUGCUCCAAAUAAAAUAUUAGAAAGAAAGUA